AUGUCGCACUACUAUUAUCAUUUCGGUUUGAAACAAAAAGUUUUUGUGAAGGAAGUUGAAAAUUGUGAGGAUGCAUCACUAAAAUUAACAGAACUUUCACAUUCGGAUGGGGAAAAAACUAAGGAGUUAUACGAAAACCUAUCAAAUCCCAUUAACGAAACUACAAAAGAUAAUGAUUUACUUUUAAUGGCACAAAAUAAUGACAUAAAAGGUUUAAAAUUGUUUUUUUCAAUGAAAUCAAAUAUUAAUCCCAACAUAAAAGAUGAUUUCGGAUGGACUCCUUUAAUGUGUGCUUGUUGUAGUGGAGCCGAAGAUGCAGUUAGGCUACUUUUACAAAAAGGAGCUGAUCCCUUUGUAAAAGACAAAACAGGCAAUUCAGCCAUAAAAAUAGCCACAUUAAAAAAAUAUGACUCAAUUGUAUCGCUUAUAAGUAAUUUUAGUAGAAAUAAUAAUAUUAGUCAUAAUAAUAAUAGUAAUAAGUCUGAUACAAAUUUAAAAAAUAAAAAAGAAUCAGUUCCUCGUUAUUUCUGCGAUUCUUGUAAUCAAGAGUUUUUAACAAGUAAAGAAAAACAUGAAUCUUCAACAGUACACUUAUUUAAUUCUAAUCAUAAGAAACCAGUUCAUUAUGUAAUACCUGAAAGUAAUAAAGGUUUUCAAAUAUUAUUAAAAAAAGGUUGGAAUAAAGAAAAAGGUUUAGGACCGGAGGGUAAUGGUAUUUUAUUUCCGAUUAAAGCCAUUGUUAAAAAAAACAGGCAUGGCAUUGGAGUUCCUAAUAACAAAAGAAAUAUAAAAAAAUUACCUCUUAUAAAUUAUGAAAAUAAAAAUAAAACUGAAAUUUUAAACAGAGAAUUAAAGGAAAAACAUUUUGAAAAAAAUUUUCGAAGAGAAUUUUUAUAA